UUCCUUGUUCGUCUUGUUGCUAAGAUACCAGACCUCGUCUGUAGAGCAUGCUUGCUAGUUAAACUAGCUAGCUAGCUAGUUUAGUUUAACUAGCUGGUGAGAUUGCUUCCUUUACGGCUUCCUUUGUCCGUCUUUGACGGACACCAGUCAUGACAUUAACCCCAAUUAAGGAUGGCGAGUAUACCGCCACGGUGUACAAAAUGAUCAAAGACGCACGUUAUGGAGACGCCAUACACAUCCUAAGCACUGAACUUCAGAAGCAGAUGAAAUCCAGGGCGGCCCUGUCUCUCCUGGGCUAUUGCUAUUAUCACGUUCAGGAUUUUAGCAAUGCUGCUGAGUGUUAUGAGCAGCUAACUCAGCUGCACCCUGAGGUGGAGGACUACAAGCUGUACUAUGCUCAGUCGCUCUACGGAGCAUGUGCCUUCCAGGAUGCAAUGAAAGCCACGUUUCUCCUGGACAGCCCUGCAAGUCAUUCCAAGAUGAUUAAACUUCAAGCGGCUAUCAAAUACGGAGAAGAAGAUUUUCCUGCUGCAAUGGCCCUGGUGGAGCAGUUGCCUGCAGAUGAUCUGGACACUGAGGUGGAUCACGGCUGCCUUCUCUACAAGACAGGAGAGUAUGAGAAGGCCUGCGCAAAGUUUACAGCCGCUAUGCAAGUGCUGGGCUAUCAGCCAGAUCUGGCGUACAACAUCGCCCUCUGUCACUACAGCCUCAAGCAGUACGCCGCCGCUCUCAAAUACAUCGGGGAAAUAAUCGAGCGUGGAAUGAGGGAGCACCCAGAGCUUGGAGUUGGCAUGACGACAGAAGGCAUCGAAGUGAAAAGUGUGGGUAACACCCUUGUGCUGCACGAAACAGCACUGAUUGAGGCAUUUAAUUUGAAGGCUGCCAUCGAAUACCAGCUUAAGAAGUACGAUGCUGCUCAGGAGGCUCUGACUGAUAUGCCACCAAGAUCAGAGGAGGAACUGGACCCAGUCACCCUACACAACCAGGCCCUUAUGAACAUGGACACCAAGCCGUCGGAGGGCUUCGAGAAGUUGGCCUUCCUGCUACAGCAGAACCCUUUCCCUCCUGUCACGUUCGGCAACCUCAUCCUGCUCUACUGCAAAUUUGAGUACUUUGACCUUGCCGCUGAUGUAAUGGCUGAAAACGCUCACCUCACAUACAAGUUUCUUUCACCAUACUUGUAUGAGUUCCUGGAUGCAUUGCUGACAAGCCAGACAGCUCCAGAGGAGGCUUUUCGCAAGCUGGAUGAAAUGGCUGGGAGACUGACUGAGCAGUUACGCAAGGUUACCAAACAGGUACAAGACUCACGUCGUGCACGAGACGACGAAGGGCUAAAAAAGUCUGUUGAAGACUAUGAUCAACUGCUGGAGGAGUACAUUCCUGUGCUGAUGGUGCAGGCUAAGAUCUACUGGAACCGAGAGAAUUACAACAUGGUGGAAAAGAUCUUCCGCAAGUCAGUGGAGUUCUGCAAUGAGCAUGACAUGUGGAAGCUCAACGUUGCACAUGUGCUUUUCAUGCAAGAGAACAAAUACAAGGAGGCCAUUGGAUUCUAUGAGCCAAUUGUGAAGAAGCAUUACGACAACAUCCUCAACGUGAGCGCCAUUGUCCUGGCCAAUCUGUGCGUGUCCUACAUCAUGACCAGCCAAAACGAGGAGGCAGAGCAGCUGAUGAGGAAAAUAGAGAAAGAAGAGGAGCAGAUCUCCUACAACGACCCAGACAAGAAAGUGUUUCACCUGUGCAUCGUUAACCUUGUGAUUGGGACCUUGUAUUGUGCUAAAGGGAACUAUGACUUUGGCAUUUCCCGCGUGAUUAAAAGCCUGGAGCCUUACAAUAAAAAGCUCGGUACAGACACGUGGUUCUACAUCAAGAGAUGCUUCCUUUCCCUGCUGGAAAACAUGGCCAAGCACAUGAUCAUGCUGAGGGAUUCGGUGGUGCAGGACUGCGUCCAGUUCCUGGAACACUGCGAGUUGUACGGUAGGGACGUGCCCGCCGUCAUCGAACAGCCCCUGGAGGAGGAGCGCAUGCACAUCGGCAAGAACACGGUCACGUAUGAAGCCCGCAUGCUAAAGGCCCUCUUUUAUGAGGUCAUCGGAUGGAACGAAUAGCAUCAACAGCUAUUCUUCAAACCUUUAAAAUGUUAGUACUGAUACAAAAAAGGCAUUAUUCUGGUCACCUCUGAAUAUGACAAUUUUUCUGAUUGGCGUUCUUUAGAAUCCUAUAAUGCAGCUGGAACAUGUGUGACUGUCAUGCAAUCUGAUGUGAUGACUUGGAGCAAAGUUUUUAAGUAGUAUAAUGUUCUGCUAGUCAGAUAUGGUUAAAUAACUUGGUUAUUGGUUAUUAGCCAAAAUCCUGGAUAUUCCUAUUGCUUUCCAUGCAGCUUGGAGGGCAUCCUGUUACUGGAAUGCAUUCAUUCAUUCAUUCAUUAUUAAGAAUAGUAGUCAUUUAUUCAUUCAUUCAUAAGAAUGCUCUUUGGGACAUUAUGCACCCAGAGGCCUUUAUUAAUCCAAACACAAACCUAGUUUAACUGAGUACCAACCUUAUGUGAACUACAUUUAAGCAUUAAUUUUGUAAGUAUAAUUAUCAGUGAAAUGGUGAUAUUUUACCAAAAAUGUUGCUUCCAUUUAAUAUACUAUUUAAAAAUGUACAGGUUGUUUUUCUUUUUUUCUUCUAUGGAAUAAAUACAUAUUAAUGAA